GAAAUUUUUGCCCAGAAGCCGGAAGUAAAGCCUUCUAAAUGCAUUAUGGGAUUGACUAAAGCUUUGAAGUAAUGCCUGUGGAGGUGGAGAGGAAGUUUGUGUGUGAUUCACACAUCCUAGAGAAACUGAAGGACAUUGGAGCUGUAUGUAUGGGUCAGUAUGAAUUUAAAGACCAGUACUUCGACUCAGCAGACUUCACAUUAACCCUAAAAAAUUUCUGGUUGAGAAAACGUGAAGGAUCCUGGGAGCUAAAACGGCCCCCGUCAUCUCAUCUGAAUGCAGAGAAAAGAGCACAGGAUGUGUGCACUAAUUACAGAGAGAUCACAGAUCUGCUUCAGAUCAGAGCUGAACUUAUGGCUAUCGUGGGCAUUCACACAGAACACACAUCAGACUCCUCACAGACAGAACAAGCUAAAGAUGUUCAUGCUGAGUUUGAAAAAUGGCUGCAGGAUUUGAAGCUGGAGUGUUUUGCGGAGUUUACCACCGUCCGGUGUUCUUACACGCUGGAGGACGAAGGGGACAACAGAAGAGUCCGGAUAGAUCUGGAUCAGGCCGAUUUUGGCUACUGCGUAGGAGAGAUCGAAGUUCUUGUUUCAGAAGGGGUCGAGAUGACGUCUGCGCUGCAUAGUAUCGAGAAGACGGCUCAAAAAUUAGGUCUCGGUGGUGAGCAGAAAACUCGGGGGAAAAUGGAGGUGUAUCUUCAGAAAUUUCGCCCAGAUCACUACGCAGAGCUUCUUAAAGCUCAUAUACUGUGAUAUAAUUGUAACUAACAAAUAUUUUAUUCAUUAAUAAUAAUGAAAAAAAUGAAUAUAUGCCUGUAAUAAUGUGUAAAUCUGCAAAGUUUGAUCACAAAUAAACCAAUAUCUGCAGCCAGACAGUAUAUACUGUAGAGCUGAGGGAGUCUGUGGGGAAAAUUUAGCAGAUUUGAGGGAAGUUUUAAAAAUUUUUCUUUUUCAAAAUAUUAAUUGAAUGUAUUCAUAAUGAUGCCAAAAUUUCCAGUUAACAUAUUUCAUUAAAUAUCAUAUAAACGCAUUUGAAAUCACGAUACAGCUUCCCCAGAAGUCUCUGUUAGUGAGCGAUGGAUAUGGGGACCUUAAAGUUUCUGAAAGCUUGUCAGAAAACCAAAUAGUGGGUGUUUAAAUAAAUAUUAUAGGUUAAUAAAUGAAA